AAAUUUGAAGUUUUGGUUAUUAGUUCCCAUAUGGGUGGUGUUUCGGAGCUGGAUAUGGUUUUUGAAGAUAUUGUCGUGCACCAUUGGCUGGUGUGGAGGUAUAUUUGCAGCAACAUGUUUGAAGAGAGGGAAAUAGUGUUGCUCGUGAAUUGGCAAGGAGAGCAUUGACAAGUGAUGAUGAUGAGUUCUGGGUGAAGGAAGUUCCACAUAUUAUAGUGCAUUAUGUAAUGGCUGACAGGCCGACAGGUUAGAGUUUUGUAAUGCUCUGAUGAUUUUCUACUGGAAUGAAAUAAAGCCCACAUGUGAUU